GACCUACAGCCGCCGGGCCCCGAGCGGCCCCGCGUAGGGCUGCAGCCCGGCGCCCGGCCCGGACCCGAGGUGAGGGCGGCGGGAGAGGCGGGCGGGGGGCGCUCGGCGAGGGCUGCGGGACGGGACCGCCGCUCGGGGCCCGCGGAGGGGCCGCGUCGGAGCUGCCGGGACCGCGGAGGGGUGGGGCGGCCCCGGGCAUCGCGGGCGGGCGGGACGCGGAGCGGGGCCGGAGAGGGGGCUGCGUUCCGUCGGGCCGGGCCGGGCCCCGCGGCUCUGCACGGGAACGGGGAAUCCUGGGGGUCUGAGGCUGGGGGUGCUGCGCGCCUCCCCGGGGCGGUGGGGACCCGCAGAUGUGGGGUGCUGCGGGGCACCCCGCGAUAAUGGGAACCUGGAGGUGCCGUGGGGCACCCCGUGGUGAUGGGAACCCACAGAUGUGGGGUGUUGUGGGGCACCUCAUGGCGAUGGGGACCUGGGGAUGUUGUGGGGCACCCCAUGGUGCUGGGGACACAGAGCUGAGGGUGCUGUGGCGUUCCCUGGGGACCUGGGGGUGCUGUGGGGAACCUCGUGGUGUUGGAGACCCACAGAAGUAGGGUGCUACGUGACAGCCCAUGGUGAUGGGGACCUGGGGGUGCUGUGGGGAACCUCGUGGUGAUGGGGACCCCAGAAAUGUGACACACUGUGGUGCCGGAGACCCCGAGUGCUGGGGAUGCUGCGGGGUUCCCUAUGGUGAUGGGGACCUGAGGGUGCUGUGGGGCACCCCAUUGCGUUGGGGACCCACAGAAGUUAAGUGCUACAUGGCACACCAUACUGAUGGGGACCUGGAGAAGUGGGGGAGCUGUGGAGCUCCCUGGGGUGCUGGGGGUUCUUUGGGCAACCCCGUGGUGAUGGGGGUGCGGUGGGACCCCCGGGCUGCUGCAGGCACAUGGUGUGCAGUGGAGUCAUAGUGCUCUCAGAUGGAGAGGGCUCAGCCCUCAGGGAACCCACAGCUGUUCCCAGGCACCCAGCAUGUGUUCGCCCCCCCAGCUGCAGGACGGCCCCCCGCUGCUCUUUGCCCCCACGUGUUGUCACCAGCCCCAAAGGAACAUUGGUGGGACAUGCUGGUGGGCUGCGCUGUGGGUGCCGGACCGGCGGUGCGGCCAAGCGGGCAGUGGGGACAGCACGGUGGCACGGGGUGUGGGCAGAGCUGGUUGUCCCCUUUCUUUGGGGCAGGGGGAGGGGUGCUGAGCAUCCAGCCCCGGCCAUACCCAUCCUGUUGCACUGCUGGUGGCAUCGCAGGGGACGUGCAGACGUGUCACCACAAUGGCUCCGUGAGAGGAUCCCAAAUCGCAGCGGGGUGCUGGCAGCUCCGGCCCUCCUGCUGCGGAGGAAGCUGUCUGUGCUCAGUGCUUUCCCUUUAACUUUGGGCUUUGGGGCUUAUCACUGCACACAGCUUCGAGGGAAACGUGCCUGCGGAGAUAAAUCAAGCUGCAGUGGCCGGCGCUGCUCUGGACUCUGUUCUUCUCACAUUCCUCAUGACCUCAGUGUUUGGCUCGGAGGAAGGUUGAGGAGUGCUGUCAGUGUGUCCCACCCCAACCAUCGCCCUGCUGCAGCCCCACGGAUGGCACAGCUCUGCCCCUGCCUGGGGAAAUGCCAGUGCCAGAAGCAGCGCUUCAGCAUCCGUGGCGUUGGCACGGGGUCCUCCUGCCCGUUGGAGCGGUGCCUCGAGCAGAGCGCCGGGGAGCAGGGGGUGCCCGGUGGGGCGUGGGCACAGCCGGCAUUGCCCGGCCCUGUGCUCCAUGCCCUGACCCCACCUGCAGCAACAAAGCCUCCGCGGUCCUCCUGCCGGGACACGGAGAGCGGCCGCUCUUUGAAGCGGUGCCACGGCGCUGGCGGCUGCGGGGAUGAGGGGACAAGGCUGGCUUUGUGCGGCCAAACCCAGCAGGUGACGGCGGAGGCUUAACCCUCUCACUACGGUGCGCCACCUCUGCCUGCCUCCGCUUCUCGUCCUCAGAGCUGAGCUGAUGCUCUCCUGUCUUGCGGCGCAGGUGGGCGCACACGCGGGGUCAGCAGCGCGGAGCGGCGCUGAGAAAGGGCACCGUACCCCGAGCCGUGCAGGAAGCAGCGUGGUGCCCGGCUCUCGUGGGGCUGGAGCGGGGCUGGAGAGGGGCUGGAGAGGGGCCAGAGCUGUUCCUGGCACGGCCCCAGGCAGGACAAUUCCCGGUCGCGGGGCGGAAGGGAGCGCCGGGGCCGUGCGGCCGUUCCUGUUGCUCUCCCUCUUCCUCCCGCUCGAUUCACAGCGCUGCUGGGGGAAGUUUAUCCUGGCCUUGGCGCUGCUUAACGACCUGCAGGGAGGAAACCAACCACUUCCCCGGCUCAGCGAGGAGGGGAUGUGCUUCAGUUUGGGGGCUUGGGGCUCCCCUCUGCACGGCUUCCAUGGGGCUAUGGGGAACAAAGUGCCCAGAGUGUGGCCCCAGAGCUGUGGGGAUGGAUGCAGGCAGCCCCUGAGCCCCGGGGACAUCGCUGAGGGAUGAGAGCUGCGUGCCACGGGUCAGGAAAGCUGGGAAUGGGCCCUUCCCAGCACAGGCAUCGCUGCGGCGCAGCUGCUUCCCACCCAGCAGCGCUGUCCCCACUGCCCCACGCACGGAUGCUGCAGCAGGUUGGGGCUGAGCAGUGGCUGUGAGCUCACCCCUGGAGCGCAGCCCACGCUGCCAUUUCCCUUCCUUCGCCUCUCGUCGGGUUCACGGGAACGGCCCGGCCCCUUUUUGUGCCUUUUUCCUGCAGGGAAGGGAAACACUAAUGCUCAUUGCUCCUUCUGCUGGGUGCCAGGCUCGUGGGCGGGCAGGCAUCCCGCUGGCUCCCACCCAGCCUGCGCGUGCCUGGCUCCUGGGAAAGCCAGGUUCCCAUUUCACCCCCCCCUCCUCCCCCCCCACCUUCUCCUGUGCUUUCAUCAGGGAAAGCAGCCAGGUUCCUCCUGGGGGCACCGAGCAGCCCCCGGUGGGGUGGGAGACGUGGUGCAAAGCAGCGAUGGGUGCUGGGAGCUGCUGGUGGUCGUGGCGCUUUGUGAAGCGUCUGUUUGUGUGAUCCUGGGCUGAUUUCUCACUGCCUGAAGGCUCGGUGCCCUGCUCCUUCUCCCCACUCUGACUCAUGGCUUUUUGCACCCUCAGUGCUGGCAGCGCGGUCGGCCCAGGCUGCAAAGCAUUCCUUAAAUGUACAAACAAUCCCUGGGAGCAGCUCCAGCCCUCAGGCACCGGGUGGGACCCAGCCAGAGUGCGGGCAUGGCUGCAGGGAUACGGCCCAGCUUUGGGUUGAUGGUCCCCUGCUCGGCAGCACUGCAGGGAGAAGAUGGCUCAGCCCGCACACCUGAACCAGAACCUGCCAGAUCUCGGGGGCCCGUUCUUGUACAGGGACCAGGAUGACAGCGAGAAGAGCUCGUACUCGGUGGAAACCCCCUAUGGCUUCCUCUUGGACCUGGAUUUCCUGAAGUACGUCGACGACAUCGAGAGCGGCCAAACGCUCAAGAAGGUUCCGCUGCCGCGCAGGGCCAAAGGGACGCGGCUGCAGCCCGGCACACUGCGCAGCCCCAGCAGCCACCCCAGCGGCUGGACCUCCACCGAGUCCCUGGCCUCCACGCUCAGCGAGGAUGGGAGGAGCGCAGUGCUGCUGUCCCCGCACGGCCGGGCGGUCCCCGAGCCCCCCGGCAAGCAAACCUCGCUCCCCACAUCCCCACCGCCCCCGGUGCGGCUGCUCCCACCUCCUGCCCGCAAGUACCUGGCACGAAACCCACAGGUGGAGAAGACCUUGCUGGAGACGAGCAGGAGGCUGGAGCAGGAGCAGAGCCGCUCGCAGCCGGGCGCCCCGAGCCAGGCGCACCCGUGGGUGCCGGCGGGGUCCGAGGGUCAGCCCGGCUCCGUGCGGAUGAGCCCCGGCAGCUCAGGGCGCAGCACUCCGGCCGCAGGGCUCGGCACGGCCCCGCUGCAGCACGUGAGGGAGCAGAUGGCCGCGGCCCUGCGGCAGCUGCGGGAGCUGGAGGAGCAGGUGAAAACCAUCCCGCUGCUGGAGAUGCGGAUCUGCGAGCUGCAGCGGGAGAAGGCGAAGCUGAUGGAGAAGCUGUCGGCGGAGCCCAGCAAGGUGUCGUUGGAUCAUCCCGAUGGGAGCGAGGAGCAGCCUCAAGCAGAGCUGGAGGGCGAAGCGGAGCCGGGGAAGGGGCGAGCGAGCAAGAUAGCAGAGCUGAGGAAGCUGACGGAGAAGCUGGCCGUGCCGGAGAGGGGCGGCCGCAGCGUGCCGGGCAAGGGCAUGGCGGCCAGGCCCAGGGCCGCAGAGAGGCAGUGCCGCUCCGUGGCGGUGGGCGAGGAGCGGGCCAUGAGCGACGCCGUCUUCUACUACCGAUCGCAGCAGGAGGGCGGCGAAGCGCCAGAGGGCCGGGAGCGCCGGGACGUGGCCGUGUGGGUGCUGGAGUCCUCGCUGGGCCUGGCCUCGGAGGCAGAGACGGAGCUGGAGCUGCUGCAGCAGACGGUGGGGCACCAGAAGGACGUGAUCGCCCUGAUGGAGGGGCACCUGCGGGAGGCCACGCGCGAGCUGGAGGAGCUGCGCAUGGAGGUGUGCGCCCGGCAGCCCCGCAGCCGCGCGGACAAGGAGGUGACGGCCAGGCCGCAGGUGGCCGAGGCGCUGGUGGAGGCGGCGGUGGCCACGCAGAGCCGGGCGGCCGGAGAGAGCGUGCAGACGGCGGACGUGGCCGUGGGGUGCGCCCCGCAGACCGCCUGCGUUGGGGUCGGCUGCCGGCCCCGCGGGCGGGACGUGGCUGUGGGGCCCGAUGCGGCCGUGGGCCGUGAAGACAAAGGCAGCCAGGCCGACGUGGGCCCCGCCGAUGCGGACCCCGCCAACACGGGCCCCGCUGACCCCAGCCCUGACAACGCGGGCCCCACCGGUGCAGGCCCUGCCGGUACGGGCGCUGCCGACCCACCUCCCACCAACACGGGCCGCACUGAUCCAGGCCCCGCCGUCCCGGCCUGUGAGCAGACGCAGCCCGGUGUGUGUGAUGCCGGAUGCCGGCAGCCCCCCCCAGGCAGUCCCGCCGCCCCCACACCGCAGCGUGCAGCAGUGCCGAAAGCAAUAGGGGCUGCCGUGGGUCCUGCGGCCCUCUCGGCGGAGGUGGAGGAUGGCAGCCAGGAGCCGGCACAGGACGGCAGAGCGGCCCCCAGCCCUGCAGCCAGAGCCCUGAAAUCCAUCAUGAAGAAGCGGGACGGACCUCCCCGGAGCGAGGCUGAGGGCAGCAAGAAGAGCCUGCAGUUUGUGGGCGUGCUGAACGGGGAGUAUGAGAGCACGUCCAGUGAGGAGGAGGAGGAGGAGGAAGAGGAAGAGGAAGGAGACAGCUCCUCCGAGAAGGCUUCGGCUGACAGCUCUGACAGUGAGGAGCCGGGGGGCACCGACACCUCAGAGGAGGAAGAAGAGGAUGCUGUGGAUGGGGAUGGACAGAGUGAGCUGUGCGGGCAGCAGGAGGGUGAGGGGGGCAGCAUGGCCCCCCCAGAGCCCCCCGAGGUGAAGGAGAAGUUCGAGCUGAGCCCCAGGAUGCGGGAGGCCUGCCUCAUUGUCAAGACCCACCUGGGCCACCCCACAGCCACCAAGAGCAAGGAGGUGCUCGCCAGCAGCAGCCUGGUCCUGCAGGAGUGGUUCCGUCUGUCCAGCCAGAAGUCAUCCGUCCCCGACACAGUUGCCAACCACCUCCUGGCCUUUGCUGAGCUCUCACCGGCCCUCCUGACCCACGUGGUCAACCUGGCCGACGGGAAUGGCAACACAGCCCUGCACUACAGCGUCUCCCACUCCAACUUCCACAUUGUGAAGCUGCUUCUGGACACAGGGGUCUGCAAUGUGGACCAUCAGAACAAAGCUGGUUACACGGCCCUCAUGCUGGCAGCUCUGGCAGCCGUGGAGCAGGAGGACGACAUGAACGUGGUCAGGAGGCUCUUCAGCAUGGGCAACGUCAAUGCCAAGGCCAGCCAGGCCGGCCAGACAGCACUGAUGUUGGCCGUCAGCCACGGACGGCAGGAGAUGGUGGAAGCCCUGCUGGCCUGCGGGGCCGACGUGAACCUGCAGGAUGAGGAAGGCUCCACUGCACUCAUGUGUGCCUGCGAGCACGGCCGCGUGGAGACCGUGAAGCUGCUGCUGGCUCAGCCCACCUGCGACGUCUCCAUUGUGGACAGCGAUGGUAACAACGCUGUCACCAUCGCGCUGGAGGCGGGACACAGCAACAUUGCGGUGCUCCUGUAUGCCCACCUCAACGGGACGAAGGCACAGCCACAGCAGGGGACAUCAACAGCAGGCACCAAGAGCCCUGGGAGCCCAAAGAAACCGAAUUAGAAUGACCUUUGGAUCCGGCUGCGUGCCAGCUGGCCACCAUCAGAGCCAGCCUGUCACUUGUGUCCCCUCUCCCGCUGCUCCUUCGUGUGCUGAAUCGCUCCCUGAGGCUGCGGAUGUUUUCCAUCUCCCAUCGACAGAGUAGGCACUGUCCCUGGGCCUCAGUGCAGGAAGUGUCCCACUGCAGCUGCAGGAGCACCGCAGGGCUGCGAGGGGGAGUGGGGCUGUGGGAGGGCGGGCAGCAGCAGUGGGAGAGGGGACAUGGAGCAGCUGACUCACGGCCACAGGAGCAUUUCCAGACUGAAAUAUGCGCUCAUCUUUCCUGGCAUUUCCUUUCCCAAUGGAAACCUGGCUCUUCUCUAACAUAUGCACACAAAAGAAACAAUUUUUUUAAUAUAUAUAUAUAUAUAUACUAAGCAAUAUAUCUAAAAAAAAAAAACAUCGAAUCAGUCAAUGAUUUGAUUCUCUCAAUGGGAGCCAAAACUCGUGGGUGCUCAGGGCUGCAGCUGAGCUGACAGAAGAGAGAUGAGAGCCACAGCUGCAUUUAGGGACUGAGACCGCCCAGCCUGUGCUAGGAGCCACAGAGAGAUGAAAGUCACCCCACAAGCAUUUCCCAUUUUAAAAGUCCCACAGCCACCAACCAUCCAGGGGCUGUCACUGCCUCCACAAGCCUGCUUGCCCUCCCCAGGGGGAGGAGCGUGGCUUCUAGCUCCAAAAAUAGAGCAGCAAGAAGGGCUCAGAGACAGCCUAGGGCCUGCAGAGAUGGACACGUACGUAGGAACACGUGUGUGUGCAAGUGUAUGUGCACCAUGCAGGGUGGGAACAGACAAGGUAAGGAUGAGGACUGGCAGCAAACAAAACAAGAAGGCUUUUGCAUGUGAAGCAGGCCCUGCUCUGAAUCACUAAGGUAAGCGAUGCUGCAGCCCCCACUGCCGCCCCUUGGCUCCUCUUCCUCCACCGAGGCACACAAGGCCUGGUCUGAGCCACCUCACCAGCUGGGAAGUGCUCCCAGGAGAGCUGCUCUGGGCAGCACACCGCUGUUCUCACCCUGUUUCAGCUUUGCACUGAAGUUACUACACAAUGCUUACAGCCACUCUCCAGUACACUGCUCUGUGUGUAUUCCAUACUCACCGCUUUUGUUUCACACCUCUGUUUACUGACAUUUUUAUACUGAUGUUUAUUUUUAAGACAAAUAAAAUUUAAACCUAUUUUGAAAUAUUACAGCCACCA